AGGAGCAACGUCCUGAAGAAAGGAGAGUCGGUGAAUGAGUUUUCGGUCAAAGCAGAGCUGAGCUGCCCUGGAUAAAAAAGCAGAAGUUAAGAACUGAAAGAAAACUUUCCUCACAUUCUUCACACGGCGUCCUAACCAUCUGCACCGAGACUGGUUACUUUUUCAAACAGCACUAUGGCGGAGGGAAGCUGUUUCGGCGCAUUGUAGCUGCACGUCUUGGGAUGACCGGAGAAAAAAAAAGAAGGGGGGAAAAAACCUGAAGAAGAAAGUAGGCUUGACAUCUGCUCAGAGAGGAUAACAUCAGCUGCACAUCUGGAUCCAAACAGGGAACCGACUGGACCUUUCUCUAUAAAGACAAAACGCCAUGUGCCAUGUCAUUGUAACAUGCCGCUCCAUGCUCUGGACGCUGCUCAGCAUCCUAGUGGCCUUCGCUGAGCUCAUCGCCUUCAUGAGCCCUGAUUGGUUGCUGGGGUUCCCUCGCUCGGACUCCAGUGCGAGCGGGGCGGGAGUGGACUCUGGGGAGUACCGGCCGUCUUUGGGCCUCUACAGCCGCUGCCUUCGCAUCGGCAGACGAGGGGUUGGGGUCAGCUGCGGGCCCUACGCUGGGUCGUUCGGGGAAGUGGCCAGUGGCUUCUGGCAGGCGGCCAUGCUGUUUCUGGCAGCGGGGACGUUAGUGCUCGGAGUGGUGGCCUGUAUCUCCAUCUUCAGCCUGUGCUUCCAGAGCAUCCUGAAGAAGAGCUUAUUCAACAUCUGUGGACUGCUGCAGGCCAUCGCAGGCCUGCUGCUGAUGGUCGGUCUCAUGCUGUACCCUGCUGGCUGGGGUUCAGAGAAGGUGAAGAGCUACUGCAGCCCAGAUGCCUCGCCCUUCAGGCCGGCUCUGUGUGGUCUUGGAUGGGCGUUCUACACAGCGAUAGGAGGAACGCUGGCGACCUUCAUGUGUGCUGUCCUUUCUGCUCAGGCUGAGAUCGCCACAUCCAGCGAUAAAGUGCAGGAGGAGAUCGAAGAGGGGAAGAGUCUGAUCUGCCUGCUCUGAGACUUUGAGGCUGUUUGGAUUCUCCCGGACUCAUCCUUUUUUUUUUUUUUUUUAAACUCUCCUACAUAGAAAUCUGUACGUGUCAGUAAAGGGAGAACAGACGAUUCUCUGAGUGAUUCCAUCCCUUUUGGGUAUUCUGCUUUGUUAAAAUCAGCUGAUUAUUGAACGAUAGAGGCCUUGGUAACAAAGUUACCUGCACACUUAUCCAACGGUUUUGACCAAGAUGCUGAUAUUUCUUGUAACAAGUAUCACCUUAUACAAACCACUGUAUUGUAAUAGAGAAAUGCUUAGGAAAUGGUAGCGCAAAUGUUGUUAGUGUAACUGUGGACAAGUUUAACACUGCCAGUAAAGCAGUGUGCAGGUUUGUAACAUCAUUAUGUUCAUUCACAUGGUUCACCUGCAGACCUCAACAAACCUCUGAAUACUAACAGAUGUGUGCACUUAAACACCCCAAAACAGCUCGCACAUGUGUUGUGUUGUGUGUGUGUGUGUGUGUGUGUAAGACAUUGACUGUUGUGGUUUUGAAAAUGUCCACAUGCUCUGAAUCUGCUGCACAGCGGGACAGUCAGACGAUCUACCUACCUGUUUUAAAUGUGCCACUCGUGGGAUUGUUCACUUUAAAGGGAGUUCCUUCUGUUAAAUGGAUUGUUUGUGGGUUUCUUGCAGCUUAUUAACCAGCAGAGUGUGUGCAGAAAAAUAACAAGAGACCGGGCCAGAUGUCUCCGACACUGCUGUGAGCUUUCAUGUUGGGAUGUUUGCUCACAGUGAGAUAACGCAGGCUGCACCGCGGCUUAUCAAAUGUUAUCGUAUUGCACACCACACAGAAAGGAGCAAGCUUUGCAAAGACAGACUAGACAAAAACAAGUGGUUGAAAAUUAAACUCAAGUCUUCUCUAGAGAAAUAGGUCAGCUUUGUAUAUUCUUAAUGCAGUCUAGAGAAAUCCUCUUUGUUUGUUUGAUACUUUUAAAGUGUCAGCUGAUACCAUGUUUUGCACUUGGGCCUUCAUUCAUUUCAAAUUGCUAAAUAUUGUCCCCUGUUUUCAUCCCCCUCCUAAUAAUACAUCAUUUCAUUGCUGUCGGUGUAACAUAAUGUGGUUGCUUGUAUUCAUUGUAGUUGAGAUGUGCAAUAAUUCAACCCUGGCGUGUUUGCAGAAAGAAGAAUGAGUGGGCUGAGAGGAUGAAAAGUGAAAUCAUGCUAUGGAUGUUUUUCUAUAAUACAUAAAGCAUUUCUAGUCUUCUUAUGCUUUUAAAUUGAUGUUUACUGUCCACUGUUUUUGUUAUAUUAACAAAAGAGUAACAGCAUUGGUGGCACAUUGUUUGAUGCUGCAUGUACGAGUUAAUGUGUGAGGAGAAUUGCAGCCUGUCAUUUGUGGUCUUCUCAAUAAACUACUUUCUUUAGUAAA